GUGUUUCGUGCUCCCUGCGGCCAUUGCUGGGACAUCGACUGCCUCGUCAACUUGUUCCGCGCUGCCUCUACGGACGAGUCAUUGUUCCCACCCCGCUGCUGCCAAAAGCCAUUCGCGGUCAAUGAUAUCAAGCCAUAUCUUGGCGAAGAGCUGUCCGCCGUCUUCGACAAGAAAUCCAUCGAAUUCAGCACCGCAGAUCGCAUCUACUGUCAUCGACCGACGUGCUCUUCUUUCCUCGGACCGGCUACUGCCAAGGCCAUCAUUCAUAUCUGCAGAGAGUGCUACUCGCAGACCUGCGGGCUCUGCAAACAAGAGGCGCAUCCGUCCAGGCUAUGCCCUUCGGACGAUGCACCAGUUCUGGCACUCGCAGAGGAGGCUGGUUGGAAACGCUGCCCCGGCUGCAGGGCGCUCGUAGAAUUGGUCUACGGGUGCUACCACAUGACAUGCAGGUGCAGGAAGCAGUUCUGCUAUGUCUGCACGGCAACAUGGAAAAACUGCACUUGCCCUCAGUGGGACGAGAAUCGUCUACUUGUCGCAGCCCAACGGCAAGUGCAGCGGGAGCGUCCGGCAGGGCCUCCACUGGCACCUCAGCAGGUCCGGUGGAGAGUUGCAGAAGUGGCCGAGCGCCUUCGAGUCGACCAUGACUGCCAGCACGUGUGGAAGUAUAAUCAGGGUGCCGGACAGUGCGAAAAUUGCUUCCAUCAUCUAGGGGUCUUUUUGCUGAGGUGCCGUUACUGUCACAUGAACGUAUGUGUGCGAUGCCGUCGCAACAGGAUGUAA